UGUCGCAGUCAGAUAGACUAAAUAAUAGAACGAAUCACAGCUGUGUAAAAUGCUGCAUAACAGGUCCCAGGACGUUAGCAAACAUCACAAAAGCAUGCAUUGUUCCUCCGAGAGCUAGCUGCCACUAGCGUUAGCUUCCUGUCAGCACCAAAGAACGAAUAAAAGAACGAAUACAUGUAAGAAGGUCGUUUACAUUUCGAUAUAAAGUAUUUCGCUGUAAAUAGUAGUAAGUGAGAUAUUUAUCAUGCGAAAUGUAACAUCCACCGUUAGCAAGGUUCCCAACACGGAUGUGGUACGGUGAAAGGGUUGACAUUGAUUGGUUAAGGCGAGACCACAGUGACGUCAUACAGGAAGUUAACCGGAGCUGCGCCGUCGAUGUAGCGCAUCAUCCACCAGUACAAUAAAAAAAGAAUACAUCCGUGUGUUUUUCUAAGCACCCGGGUAUAGUCGUUUUAUGCAAACUUUUUUUUCUGAACUAUGUCAAGAACUGAGACGGACUCCACCGAAUCGAUUCAGGUUUGGAGCAUGUGGUGAUGAGCAGUGUGUCAUGCAGAGGAGACACAGCAGCAACACGGAUGGCAUGCCCUCUGACAGGAGCCGAAGCCAAACCCUGGGGUCAGAUAGCAGCCUUGACGAGGGCGGCGUGUUUGACUGCCUUAAGCCUGAUGCACCCACCUCGCCCCAGCAAAUCUUCUCUGGACUCGUGGGCGUCCCUUCAGGAUCCGUCUCCUCUGCCCAGUUACAGGCGGCCGGCUUAGUCCUGGGUUCUUCCCCGGAUGUUUUCAUCCAGAUGACUGCGUCUUCCAGAGAAGAAGGAGGCCCCCAUCGCUCAGAGGGAGGAUCACUGCUGCCUCGACUGCCGCAGCACCACCACCAUCACCACCACCAUCACUUCCACCACCAGCCCCUGCAGCACAGGACUUCCUCUCUGCUGCAGCAGGCCACCACGGCAGCUGGCUCGGAGAGGCACUGCUCCAGGGACGAGUCCCAGGAAGAUCCGUCCACUCCUGCUCCGGCUUUGUCUGAGAUGAAGGCCGUGGUCACCUGGCUGCAGCGGGGUUUUCCCUUCAUUCUGAUUCUGCUGGCCAAAGUCUGCUUUCAGCAUAAGCUCGGUAUUGCUGUCUGCGUGGGGAUGGCCAGCACAUUUGCCUACGCCAAUUCAACAUUCAAGCACCAAGUGUCACUAAGGGAGAAGCGUUCUGUAUUUGUUGCUCUCUGGAUUUUGAUUUUCCUCUCUGGAAAUAUUGUGUAUACCUACUACACAUUCAGUCAAGAGGAGCUUCAAAACAGCCUCAUAUUUGCCAAGCCUAACCUGAACAGCUUCGAUUUCUUCGAUCUGGUUUGGGCGGUGGGCAUCACUGACUUUGUCCUGAAAUACGUGACCAUUGGUGUGAAGUGCUUCGUCCUCUUUCUGCCCAAGAUUCUUCUGGCCUUCAAAUCCAGGGGUAAAUAUUACCUGCUGAUCGAAGACCUCAGUCAGCUGUUUAGAGCCUUGGUGCCCAUCCAGCUCUGGUACAAGUACAUCAUGGGAGAAGACCCUUCAAACAGUUACUUCCUUGGAGCUACUCUCAUAAUUAUCUACAGCCUCUGCAAGUCAUUCGAUAUCUGUGGACGUGUAUCAGCUAUAUGCAAAGCUGUGGCCAUACUAUGCAGAUCCCAGCAGAGCUACGGAGUGAGAGCCAGCAGUCAGCAGUGCAGUGAGGCAGGUGACGUCUGUGCGAUUUGUCAGUCUGACUUCAGGGAUCCUGUCACUCUUCUGUGUCAGCAUGUUUUCUGUGAGGAGUGUCUGAGCUUGUGGUUCGACCGGGAGAGAACUUGUCCUCUGUGCCGCUCCACUGUCAUCGAGACCGUGCGCUGCUGGAAGGACGGCACCACGUCAGCUCACUUCCAGAUAUAUUGAGGUUGCAACAACACAACACAACAUAUACAGACCAGAAAAUCCAACUGUGCCGUGACACAGGUUACAUGAGUCGCUUCCAAUACAUAGGGCGUGGAGCUCUGCAAUUAUUCCCAGUAAUUUUUUUUUGUGUCACAGAGGGGAAGUUGCACUAUUUGUAAUUUAUUUUCCUUCUUUUGAGAAAAAACAGUGUUUUAGGUUUAAAAGUGAUUAAAAUAAAGUUGAGUUCCUCACAACUUCGCAAACAAGCUACUUUUAUAGGUUAAAGGUCUCUGCAUGAGACAAAGUUAACUUUAGUUAACUAAGGUGACGUUCUUUUGUCUUCACACAUUGAUAGAUUUUACUGUUGUUAUUAUUAUUAUUGUCAAUCAAAAAUGCUAUUUUAAUAGAGUGCUAAUAACUUAACUACAGCGAUUUUGAUAGUUUUUGUUUGUCAUCUGAUUUCCUUAAGUUCAUAAAUCAGCUUGGUGUUAUAGCUUAAGGUUUUUUAUUUUUAUUUUUUAUUUAAAAUAAUGAAAAUUUGACUAUUUUUUCAUUUAAUUGCUUUUUCUGUUAAUUGCUUUAUUUAAUGGUGUGUAGAUUACAUCUUACAAUUGUUAUUGUAUAUUGCUCAUUUUAUUGUAUCACAUCACUGAGUUACACCAGGGGUCUGCAUCCUGUGACUCACCAGCAACAUGCAGCUCUAUAGCUCCCCCACACUAGUUCCUUGAAAUGGACCAAAUUUAACUGUAAUACAACAGACCAGUAUUACAGUAUAUUUGUGUAGCAGAUAAGAAGGGAUUGUAUUUUUUUUCCAACAAGGUAAAAUCAAUUUUUUGCUCUUUUUGCUUGCUAAUAGCAAAUGGAAACUGUCUGUUUUAUUCAAGAUCAGGCAUGCAAUUUUUAGGCAGGGCAGCAAUGUUGACUUCAGGUGACUGAGUUGAGUAUGUCAAGUUAAAUACUGAAUAAUAACGUGUUGUGAUCGAUCAUUUCCUGCAUGCAUUUUAGUACUAGAUUGUCAGUAGUAUCACUACUUACAUUUCCAUACACUUUACUACUAAAUAAAAGCAGGAAAAAAGUCAUUCUGACUCUAUAUGAAUUUUAUUUGCAGCUAAAAUAAUAAACAUGGUGUUGAAGGCUGCAGACCCUGGAGUUAUAUAGCUAGUAAAGAAGUUUCAAAAUAAAACAAAAUGUCAUUCCAUUGAUUGGUCCAAAGACAUGUUUAAUUGCAAUAAGCCACAACAUGGAUAUGCAUUCACAGAGAAGGUUUUGAUAAUAAUCAUAAAAAAACAUUUUAAGAAAUAUUUAAAUAUCAAUAGUGCACACCUUAUAAAAGACACUUCAUGUUGAUCUGACCACAUCACAUGUUUUAUCAGAAAGCUUAUUUUCAGAAGAUCGCACAAGGAAACCACAACAGCAUCCAAUGCACGGGUGUCCGUGUCGUGUAUAUAAAGAAGCCUUAACACUGCUCCCAACAGGUGCUAAAGAGUAUAGCAUAUAAACACCAUCUAAACACUGUAAGAAAACGUUUAUGUAUGAUUAGAAACGCACCCACGCUCUCGUUAUUUACACCUGCCCUUACAGUGUAGCUUAUGUAAAAAGGAUGAAGCUUAAAAACAGGGCAUUUUUUUUCAUUAUUACUGCACAGGGUCUGGAUACACAUACAGUAAAGGUCUCACGCUGCAAAAGGUAAACAUUCACAACAGUCACAUUG